AUGCUCGCCGCGCUCGCCACUCAGACGAAGACAUCGUUCGCGCUCGAUGCUCCGCUUCCACAGCGCCGGGCGAUCGCGUUGCGAGGCCGGAUGACGGUUGAUGCCGCUUACGCGCGACUCUUGGCAGGCACCGGCCUCUCGGCCCACCGCGUCGGACCGGCGACCUUUCGGAUAUCGGCUGCCCCCGCCGCCCCGAACGCCGGCCCGACAGCCGCCAGCGCAGAUCCAACCGUUUCAUCGGACAUCAUCGUCACCGCCAGGAAGAUGCGCGAGUUGCUUUCGCAAGUGCCGGGACCGGUCACGGUCCAUGUACUGGAUGGAAGCGCCGCCGCGGGCUCGGACGCUGGCACGUCGGCGGUGGCGACCCAGGUUCAGGGAUUGAUUGCUACGAAUGGCGGGCCAGGUGCGAGCCGAUUGUUCUUGCGGGGCAUAGCCGACAGUCCGUUUAUUGGCUUCGGACAAUCCCCGGUGAGCGUGUACCUGAACGAGGCCCGGAUCACUUACGACGCGCCCGAUCCCGACUUCCGAAUGGUUGAUGUGGAUCGGGUCGAAGUGCUGAAGGGACCGCAGGGGCCGCUUUACGGCACGGGAGCACUGGGCGGCGUCUACCGCGUGAUGACCAUUGCGCCCGAUUUGGGCCAAUUUGCCGGUCGCUCCCGUCAGCGUAUCGCCGGCCUCCCGGGUCACGGUGUCGGCGCGUCGGUCGAGGGCGUCGUCAACUUACCCGUGCGCCAGGAUCAGGCCGCCUUGCGGUUGGUGGGCUACGUCGAUGUCGCGCCAGGCUGGAUCAACAACGCUGGAGGUCGCUCGGACGUCAACCGAACGGUCGUGCGCGGCACCAGAGCGUCGCUUCGCGUUGUCCCAAGCGAGGGGUGGACUUUUGACCUCAUUGGCGCCGGUCAGAACAUCCGCGCGCUCGACAGCCAAUAUGUGGAUCGCGACAAGGAAGAGCUGACACGCGCAGACCGGACGCCGGAGCCACGGUCGAAUAAUGUCUGGCUCACCUCGGGCGUCCUGCAAGGUGAGCUUGGGCCUUAUGCCCUGACCGUCUCUACAAGCCUAGCAACGCAGAGGACGCUGAAGGUUGACGACGCGAGCAGCGCGGCCUCGUCCCUCGGUCUGACCGCGCCGCUGCGGUAUGCCGAAACCCGCACAUAUCAGGUAUUCGACCAGGAAAUCCGCCUUGCGAACAAAAGCGGCCGAACGCCUUGGGCUUUGGGCGUUUCCUAUCUCUCAUCCCGUAGCGGCGCUCGCGGCCGAGCAUCGGAAAUCGGCCCGAUGAUCGCAGAUUUGCUGGACGCGUCAAGAAGCGUCACCGAAACAGCCAUGUUUGCCGAGGGUAGCCGACCCCUUAUCGAUGGUCUUCGUCUCGGCCUUGGCAUCCGCGUUUUCCGCUCGACCGUCAAGGAGGACCGCGACGACGAUGUUGGAACCGAAGUUCGGUCCAAGUCUUUAUGGGGCGUAUCGCCCAGCGCGACGCUGUCAUGGUUGCCCUCCUCCACCUCGUUGGCCUACUUUCGCGUUGCGUCCGCAUUCCGGCCCGGGGGCCUUGAUCCGACCAACGUGGAAACCGGCCGCUACGAUGCCGAUCAGUUGGUCGCCUUCGAGGCUGGAUUUCGACGCACUUCGGACGGCGGCAGGCUUCAGGUUGAAGUUGGCGCGUUCAGCUCCAUCUGGUCGGACGUUCAGUCGGACUAUCUUCUUAAUUCCGGCCUUGUGGCGACGCGUAACGCUGGCGACGCGAAUAUCCUGGGCGGCGAACUGACCGUUCGGUGGCGGCCGACAUCGGCAUGGUCCUUUGUUGCGGGCGCCUCCGGCCAGCGCGCCCGGCUGGUUCGCGGCAUUGAUGGUGCAGAGUUGGAGCGUGACCCGCGCCUUCCUGUUGUACCUGACGUAUCCGGCCACUUCGAGAUGCGACAUUCGAUCGAUGCAGGGUCCUGGCGAGUGUCGCCCGCGGUGACCGGUCGCUACCUAGGACGGUCUAGGCUGAGCCUGGACCCUGGGCUCGACCGGCGGAUGGGCGGGUUCGCCGAGUUCGGGCGGGGCUUGAGGCUCGCAGGGGAGC